UUGACGGGAAUUGGGCGGUCCUACGUGGUAUGAGGCUGGGCGCUUACCCAAAAUAUGUUGCGUAUUAAACUUUGACCAUCUUUGUUCGCAAAUUCAUGGUGUCGAUAUCAGAAAACACAUCGACUAACACUGACUCAAAUUAGGGAAAAUGUCUGCGGGAUGGCGUCCACUGUUGAUGCUAGCCUUUCUGGCGUCUGCUUCAUCAACAUCAGGAGAAAUUACCAGCCAUUUGGUAAUAACGCCGCAGUCUCCAGUGAUCCAGAUUGGGACCAACUUCACAGCUACGUGUGUGAUCACUGACACGGCUGAAACAACAGCAGAUGAUCUCUACUGGAAUCUUUCCCAGAUUAUUAUCCCCAAGAAUCAGUACACUAAGAUCAACGAAUCAGCACUUAGUGUCACUAUCCUUGUGAACAGCGAAAAGCCAGAAUGGUUGUACUGCCACAGCAGGGAAAAAUCUCCCUACAUUUCCGUAAACAAGGGCAAAUUUAUUCAUGGGAUCCUUCUUACAAAAGUCUAUCCUCCAGACAAACCUAAGAAUCUGACAUGUAUCGCAACUCAGGUGAAAGAUUUUAUCUUUCCAAACUUGGAGUGUUUAUGGGAAACCGCAGGAUACCACACCAAGGAAAUGUCACCGACGACGUAUACUCUGCAUGUUGAAGUUAAGCACUAUCAGGUCUACAAUAUGUCAACAAAAGAAAACAGCGCUCAGAUGACAAUGGAGGCUUUCCCUUUUCACAUGAAACUGGAUGUUUGGGUAGUGGCCCACAAUCAUCUGGGAAGUAAGGAAUCCGAACAUCUUAAAAAAGAUGCUGAUUGGUUUGUUAAAACAAACCCUCCAUCUGGUGUGAAAGUCCUUCCGGAUGAAACACUUCCCACUUCUCUUCUCAUAAACUGGACCCCCCCAAUUGUCAAAGACUAUUUCAUAUUAAAGUACCAUAUCAGGUACUGCCUGAAUGGAUCUGACAAUUGGAUUAACGUACCUGAUGAGGAUAUUGCUGAAGACAUACAGUCAUUCAGACUCCAAAACCUACAACCAGACACAGUCUAUGCCAUUCAAAUACGCUGUAAAAACACUAAAAAGGACCACGGAUAUUGGAGCGACUGGAGUCCCAGAGUUACCAAAGAAACACCUGAAGACCGACCAACAAGUAAACCUGAUUUAUGGACUAUAAUUGCUGACAGUGAACAUAAAAAUGAGCGAGAAGUGACGUUGAUUUGUAGGGAUCCUGUGUUUUCCAAUGGAAGGAUAACAAGCUUCAACCUAGAGAUUCAAACCCAAAAAGAAAAUAUUAGAAAUGGAAGUAUGGCUUGGGACUAUAUCUCUGUCAACCGGUCAGUGGCAGACAGCUCCCAGAGUCAAAUAGUUACGAUCUUGAAAAAGAUUUCCCUGCCGUACCAGAGCUAUAUGAUGGUGCACGUCACCGCCAUCAAUUCUGUUGGGACUUCUCCUCAAGCAUCACUUGGAAUCCCAGUGAAAACUCAUGAGCGCAACCUAGUGGAAAACCUUAAGGCGUGGUCACAAGAAGGACAACUUUUCCUAAAAUGGAAUGCCCCCAACAAUACAAGUGUAACAGAAUUUAUCGUUGAGUGGGUCAGCGGUAUUGACAUUGACUGGCAGAGGGAAAACAGAAACACCCGACAAGCUGCCUUAAAAGGCAACAUUGAGAAAUUUAUUUGCUACAAGAUAUCUGUGUAUCCAAUAUACAAUGGAUGGAAGGGCAAGCCAGCCACAAUUGAAGCUUUUCUUGAAGAAGGAGCUCCUUUGGAAGGUCCUUCUGUUCGACUGAAUGUUAAACCGGGGCGAAAUGAGGCAGAAUUGGUUUGGAAUGGAAUACCCUUACACAAACGACAAGGCUUCAUCACAAAUUACACAAUUUUCUAUUCAAGCGGCAAUGAAAUACGUGAAAUCACAGUGCCAGCUAACAUCACCUCAUAUGUACUGACGUCACUAACAGGCAACACCAAGUAUGACACUUGGAUCAGAGCGUCUACCAUUCGAGGCUCAGCUAAUGGAACAAACCACUCAUUUACCACACUGAAAUAUGCCCCAGGGGAGAUCGAGAUGAUUGUGGUUGGAGUGAGUCUCAGCUUUCUCUUCGUUGUUCUCAUGACCAUGUUGCUAUGUAUCUACAAAAGAGACGCGAUCAAGAAGAACUUUUGGCCUUGGAUCCCAAACCCUGGAGAGAGCACCAUUGUAAACUGGUCUCCUGACUAUCCUUUGAAACCAGAGACACCAAAGGAGAACUGUCUGUCGGACAUCAGUGUGCUUGAUAUGGACGUCAAUGAUGACAAGUCAGUGUUGGAGGAAGACAAAACUAUCCUGGCUCUCAAGAAAGACAAGUAUCUGUCUGAAGAGCACAGUAGCGGUAUUGGAGGCUCCUCGUGCAUGUCUUCACCUCGUCAGAGUGUGUCGGACAGCGAUGAGGGUGGUGAGAUUGCUGAUACCACAGCCAGCACUGUUCAGUACUCUUCAGUGGUGGCCUCCAGUGGGUACAAGGGUCAGACCCCGUGCGUCCCACCUCAGCAGGUAAUUUUUUCACGUUCCGAGUCCACACAGCCUCUUCUGGACUCAGAGGAGAACCCGGACAUAGUGCAGGAGGGCAGCAGACAGUCGCAGUUGUUUCCUCAAUCGCCUUGCUUCACACACACUGCGUGGAACCAAGACGGUGCCAGCUCAUCUAAGUUCAACCAGCUUGAGAUGGAGCCACAGGAGGCCCUGUUGUCUCUGGACUUGUGUCCCUUGGCAGAAGACUCUGUGCUAACAACACCUGCAGAUCGCCAAUCAGCACCAUUGUCCAGCUACAUGCCACAACUUUGUGGCUACAGGUCACAGUAAAAGCACUGAGAGAUAGGUGGUCUCGGGAUGGGCAAUAUGACCUAAACUUUAUUUUGCAAUAUGUAUAGCAGUGUCCUGCGAUAACAAUGUAUGUUACAAUGUAUUAUUUGGUAUACAAAUGAUUAUAGAACCAUUUCAAAACAGGUUACAAAGGCUUGUAAUUGGGCAGCUGACAUGCGAUAACGUAUUGUAUAAUUUCCAUUUGUAAUAUUUUCUCAAAACUUUUAGUAAUAUACUUACUAAGUAACUGCUAAUAGAUGGUUCCUUUCUGUUGUAACAUGGUUCUAUCUACAUUUUUGUUGAAAUAUAAUAUGCACUUAUUCUUCUGUUGUUUGAUACUUUACAUUAGUUUUGAGUAAUACUACAAUACCAUGUAGUGAAAGGCGGGCAGUAUUGUCCAUUUGAUAGUUCACAUUUUGAAGAUCUCUGAAUGAUUCUAUUUUUGAUCCCAAUUAUAUUCAGACAAAAUACAAGAUGGUAGUGUAACAAUAUCAAAGUAAUAUUUUUGGUAUUUCUUACUAUUGACUGAUUUAAAUAUGUGUUUUGCCCUUGAAGCCCUCUUGUGCCCAGGGACUUAAUUUCUAGGUUUGUAAACAAUAACAAAAACAUCAAAAUAUUUUUUGAUGAUAAAAAAUGCCGACCAUAUAUUGGUAUCGUUACUGUCAAUCCUAAUUUACUGUUUGUAUCGAUCCACCCACCUUUGUUCACAUUCAAGGCCUUUAUCUUGCGGUUAGUUAGGUGUGUGGUGUAGCAUGUUUAGCUAUUCCUCUUCCUCCAGGGAGGAUACUUGUAAGACAUGUACUUUAUUUGCCACCAUAAAGGUGAGGAUCUCUGACUUAAAAGUGGCUGUGCACUGUGUCAAGGCGUUAGUCGCUGGCAAAAAUGCGGCAGCAUGUUGAGAAAGCGUUUGAUCACUUUUUGCUAUCAAAUUCGCGGCACAAAUCUAGAAUGUGACAUCAACAUGCAUAAUCAUGAUAUAACGAUUGUAUCAAAAGCUCUAUUGUCUAUAUCGCGCAACCCUAAAGUGGUCUACACAUGUGAAUAUAUGUGUGCACCUGUUGAUUUCAAGUUUUCUAAGUUGUCACCAUUAGGCCUAAUUUUUGCUCUUAAUUAUGCAGAACUACACGGCUCCAAAAAAUAAAGGGAGUACUUAUAUUACUUAUUCAAGAUCCCAAUUUCGAAUUUCAGUUAAAACUAUCAAUAAGACGCAGACGCAGGGACACAAUUUGGAUGUCAGAAAUGGGGGGGACACAACUGGCUUGAGUACAGGUGAUGUGUGGUUUGAAGUAUUCAACGCAUUUCUUUUUAGUUUGUGUAAAACAAUUUCAAUGGUAUUGGACUCCAUCCUAAAUGUAUUUAGAUGCAUUGUUUAGAUUAUUAUGAAUACAUGAUUCAAAUCUAUGAAUAUAUAUAUAUAUAUAUAUAUAUAUCCAUCCAUCCAUCCAUUUUC